UUUUUAUUAAUAUGUUUUACGGCUCUGGAUUCUAGUCCUUUUUAAGCCAAACGUUGAACAUGUCAAAAACAAAGUAAACAAAACAACUGUCACGUAUAACAGAAUGUCAUUGAGUUUAUCACAUCACAUCAUAAUUUUCACUUCCACAGUAAACUGUUUCUCUUCCUUGUUAUAUUUUGUCUACAGUAUUUACGAUGAUUUUGAAUAGUGGCUUGAAAUACUUGAGAUCGUUAAGUAAGUCUUGCAACGUAUUAGGGACGACCUUAUCGAUUGCUUCAAGUUCAGCAACAAGUAUUAGACGCUGUAGUCCGUACCGUCUACAUUCAAAAAUUAUGUGCUGUAGGUCUUCAUUUUCUUGGCAGUGGGGACACUUUGGAUCAUCUGUCAUCUUCAGUCUAUGCAGGUGAGUGCGAAAUUGCCCAUGACCAAAUCUCAGCCUGUUUAUUGUAGUAACGAAUUUCCUAGAUUGCACCAUUUUGUUAUUCCACCAAGGUUGGGCGGGCGGGCUUCCUUGGAUCUUUUGAUACCACUGUCCUUUUUCUUUGCUAAUUUCAUCCCAAUGUUUUCUCCACAGUAAUGCCAGGUUAUGAUGACACAGGGCUUUAAAAUCUGUAAAUGGAACCUUCAUAGACAAAGAGUGGUCUUCACUUGGUGUACUUCGUGCAGCUUCGUCAACUCUUUCGUUACCAGUAAUGCCACAAUGCGCAGAGUUUGCCCGGAAUGCCUACAUCAUGCAGUACUUGUACCAUAACAGCUGGGUUAACGUUAUCAAAUGCACCCUUGAUGUCAAGAAAUGCACAGACAGUCACAGAAUGUUGAAGAUAUGAAGUUCUUAUGUCUGAUAUCAAUGAAGUAAAACUUUCAGAGGCACUGCGACCUUUGCGAAAACCAAACUGUUCUGCAGGUGGAGUAACAGGUGCAUAUUUAUUGAAAAAGGAAGGAAUCCAUUCUGAAUUUUUUGGCUUCUUAGAACAAGAAACUCUUUUGAAUCGUCUAAUGUAAUUCCAUAUAGUGCUAACUGGAGUGUAUCUAUUAAAGGAUUCACAUAAUUCUAACCAGCUGUUCUUUUUCUUUUCACUAAGUAGUCUUUUUUUAAGGGCAUCUGUUUUUUUAUAUUCUAUAUAAUUUUCCAAAGUUGGAUGAGACCUAUAAUAAUUUAAUGCACAUUUACAUUUGAUCACAAUUUCUUUACAGCUAUCAUCCCGCCAUGGAACAGGUUUCUUUAUAAGAUGUCGAGUGCUUUUUUUCAACUUGGGUACAUGUUUGUUUUUUAAUAUAUUUAAAAUAUUACAAAAGUCAUUGUAUAUAUUCAAUGGAUUAUUCAGGUCAAUAAUGAUAUCAGUGAAUGCAGAUUCACUGUCAUUAUAAAAACUGUCCCAGUUAGCUUUGUUAUAAAGAAACCGCUCAGUGGGUUCACCUAUUUCAUAUUUUACUAUUGAAAUAUGAAUAUCUAUAACUGUUGGGUAAUGAUAGCUGCCCAUAGGGUCUGAGUGUACACUCCAGUCACACAAUGGAGCUAAAGAAGGACUUAUACAAGAGACAUCUAUUGCUGAAGGAUUUUGACCUAUGCGGCCAACAGUGGUUGGAGAGCCAGAAUUCAGAAUGCAAAGAUCACAUUCAUCAAACAUAUUGUAAAUUUCGUUUCCUCGUCUGUUACACGAAAGGCAACCAAAUGCUACGUGAUGCGCAUUAAAAUCGCCAGAGACCAGUAUUGGCUUAUGAAGAUCGUUAAUAAUCUUUUUCAAUUUAUUACAUUGGAAGUUUGACCUCCCUUGUUUCCGAGGAGGACAAUAAACACAUAAAAUAGACAUAUCACCAUUACAUGUAUAUACUGUAACAGCCACAGACUGAAGUUCUUCAUAGAAAGGAAUUGAAGGAACAGAGUACUUAAAAGAAUCUUUGAUUAAAAUUGAAACUCCACCUCUGCCACCUACAGAGAUUUUGUUGAUUAUAUCAUAAUUCGGAAUAGACAACCUACUACGUUCUGUUAACCAGGUUUCGUUCAAUAAACAAAUGUCGACAUCAUUUUCCUGCAGGAAAUUGAUGAGGAGUGGUUUUUUGUUAAUAAAUCCUUCAACAUUAUAUUGAGAUAUUCGUAUGUGACUUUUAUCCAUUAUUGAUCUUUUUUUAAAGUUUUAAUAAGUAUCUCUUGGAUAACAUUACUGGUUAAAGCUCUCUCAUCGUUUCCUAUGGCAACCAAAGCGCCAACAAUAGCCUUACGAAUAAAAUCAUUGUUAAUUAUUUCAUCAAUUAUCUUUUCGUUUGAUAAUUUUUGCAAACUAUCUUUUUCCGCUGCGCUGUUAGAAGUCAAAACGGUUGAGGGGACAGAAUUGGAGUUCAGUGUUUUUUUCAAUGGUAAUGUUUUUUUUGUAAUAGGUAAUUUAGGAAAUUUAUUUUGAUAAUCAGUUGUUAAAUUAGUAUCAUUUUUAUUUUUAUUAGAUAAUAUAGCAUUUGCAUAAGAUACUUUGUUCUUCUUUUCUUCCAUUCUUUGUUUUUUGAUUGGACAGUCUCUUGAUAUUGAAAGGUGUGGACCCUGACAAUUCACACAUUUAACAACUGUAUUGUCUGGACAUUGUGAGUAAUGAUGCUCUUCGGAACAUAUGGAGCAUAUUUGAAUAGAUUUGCAUAUCUUAGCGCCGUGAUUAAAUUUGAAGCAUUUAUAACAUUGCAGCAAAGGUGCAUUGUACUCGUGUACUCUAAAGCGAAACAAAUCUAAGAAAACAUGCUCCGGAAGUACAUUUGAGAGAAAAGUUAGGCUUACAGUUUUAAAAACUUUGACAGUACCAUUUUCCUUUUUAGAGAAUCUGCGCACUGCAACUAUUUCAUAAGGAGAACUUAGUUUUUUGAAUAACUCUUCGUUGCUGAUGCUUGUGGGUACAAAACGCAGUAUUCCUAUGGUUUCCACCAUAGCAGCUGGUAUAUAUGCCCUGAAUUUAUGUUUGUUCAAAAAUUCUUCGUUUUUUAAAAAAUUAUUGGCAUUAUUAGGCUGUGAGAACGUAACUGAAAUUUUGGUCGGGUUGACUCUUCUUAUAUUAGAUAUUCCCUUAAUUUCAUUCUUGAAGAGAUUGGUCGUGACGAUAGGAUUAUUGUUACCCAACUUUUCAUCCUCCUUACAGCUUUCGACGAAAACACUGUAAUUAGCACUCACCGCAUUUUCAGGAAACAACCUUUUGUAUCCGCUUUUGAUGAAAGGCUUAUAAAAAUCAUCAGAUGAUCCUGGAUCUACUUCGGUCCUAUUUGGAGUUUUUCUUUUUUCAGUCCCGCCGGGCGGGUCGUGCCCGUCCGGCAUGAUGAUACAUUUAUCUACACUUAAGGAAUUAUGAAUACUAUUUACAAAGAUAUAUACAGAAAACAAACUUAAAAUAAAACUUUUUGAAAAGAAAAUCAAAAAUCGCGCCUAGUGCGUUCAAAAGCCCGCCAAAAAGUGAAUGUAUAGUAAUCUGUGUCUAGGGUUACCAUAUCUCAGGAUUUGUCCUGAGAUUUCAGGAUUUUUGGACUCUUCUCAGGAUUGCGGCUGGAUUUUGCAAAUCUCAUGAAAUCUCAGGAUUUUUUGAAUUUCCAAUAAAAUACAGCUUACGUUUUAAAGAUCUCUUUAGUAAAAAGUUAAACAAACUAAAAAUAAUCUUCUAUUGGUAAUAAUUGCACAAUUAAAAUCAGUACAUUUUUAUCCAAGUUAAUCUUAACUUAAUCAGUUUUAUUAUACUUAAUAUGUGAAGAUACAUUUUUAAGUAAGGUGUUUACUUUAAUUAUGGAUUCAUACAAUGCCCCAUAUGUUAAGCUCUUCAAAUUAUAUUGAUUUAAAAGUAUCAGCAGAGUAUAAACGAUAAUAUUACGACUUUUUUGAAUUGUUAAGUACGUUUGAGAGAAAAUUCUCAAACUGAAAAAUCUCAGGAUUUUUCAAGAAAAACAUCACUUUUCUCCGGCUUCUGAUUUUAUGAUCUGGUAACCCUGACUGUGUCCACUACUAAGCACAGACUAGUUAGAGAUACUACUACUAAGUUUUCUGUACUGUUUUGAAAACAAGCAAAACAAAAGUUAUAAAUUUUUAAAAAUAACUCACUUUAAGAUCGGUUCAUCUGUUUGUUAGUCAUAACAUUAAUAAAAAGUACUCUUUGCAUUAAAUGUAUAUUUUUGUACAUAAUGGCUUUACGAUAUAAUUAUCACAAUUGUUGCUUAUUGGAUCACAAUGAAUUCAUAUUUAAUGUUUACAAAGACAUCGUUUUAAAUGAAAAGAAAUUCACAAUAAAAUUUAAUAAUAAAUUAUUCUGCAUCAAAAAUACCAAAAACUCAGUAAAUAAUAGAAAAAGAAAACAUGACCAAAAUAUAUUUACUGCUGAGACAAUAAAUGUGAAAAAUCGCUACGAAAAAUUUAAAGAAAAUCUACUAUGUAAUACUGAGGACAAAAUACAAAAAGAAUUUGAUGAUUUAACCACAAAAGAAGUUCGUGAAUUGUCUCAGAACUUGUUUGAAGCAACAAUUUUUCAUUAUGCAGGUAAAAGCGGUGGCAACAAUAGCGAAACAUCCCUAAGAUGUAAAAUUGAAAAUGAUUAUUUCUUCAUACCACCAAAAUGCAGAUUUUACUGCAAUUGUGUUAAAGUGCAGUGUGCAAACCUCUAUUGUAAAUAUGAUAUAAUAAUAGCAGACCCUCCUUGGUGGAACAAGUACAUAAGAAGACUGAAAACUGCUAAUGAUAAAUUAAGUUACUCCAUGAUGUACAAUGAAGACAUUGCAAGUUUACCUGUGAAGGAACUUCUAUCUAAAAACUGUUUAAUAGCUGUGUGGUGUACUAAUGCUCCCAGCUGUAUUGAAGCAGUAAAAUCCCAAAUUUUCCCUGCUUGGGGAUUGGAGUAUGUCACAACAUGGUAUUGGUUAAAAGUUACAGUGGACUUAGAGCCCAUAUGUGCAUUUGGUUCAGGGUGCAACAAACAACCAUAUGAGAGGCUUAUCAUUGGGAAAGUAGGGCAAAUUAAUGAAAUUCCAAAAGAUAGAAUACUGAUCAGUGUUCCCAGUGCUUUGCAUUCUCAUAAACCACCAUUGUUAGAUCUCCUAACACCUUAUGUUAAUGUCAAAAAACCAGAAGUUUUGGAACUCUUCGCAAGGUAUCUUCUUCCUAAUACAACUAGUGUAGGAUAUGAGCCUCUCAAAUGGCAGCAUGAAUCACUCUAUGAACUGAUUGAAAAUAAAAAUGAAGUUAUAUAA